CUCCCGGCGCCCGGGUCUGGCUGCAGGCGGGACUCCCGGGCCGGUGCUGGGACGAGCCCCGGAGAUCGCGUCCGGCCCCGGCGGGGCGGUCUCAGUUUGUGUGAUCGGAAGAGAAGGGAUUUCUGAGAGGAUGGAGCCCCCGUCCAGCUCAAGGUCUCAGAGGUUCCACCACCCAGGACCACAGCUGAGCUGUGACCUCAGAGAGAAGCUGCAGUAUCCACGGCAACUAGAUCUUCCUGCACCUUAUUUGUUUGUUCCUUAUGAUAAGGAGAAUGAAGAAGACCAGGAUAUAGUGGCCUCGCUCUGUAGGUUUGGCUUUAUGAUGCCAGUGACGUUUGAGGAGGUGGCCGUGUACUUCUCUGAAGAUGAAUGGGCUCUUUUGGAUGAAAAGCAGAAGGAGCUCUACAGAAAUGUCAUGCAGGAGAACUACGAGACUCUCAUCUCAUUGGGAUUUCCGAUCGCUAAACCAGAUGCGCUGUCCCAGAUGGAGCGAGGGGAAGAGCCGUGGUUCCCAGAUCUCCAGCGCUCUGAGGAAAGAGAAAUCCCAAGAGGCACUAGCACAGGUGCUGGGACAGUGAGUGAGAAGGAGGGAACAGCCCAGAAAGUAUCUACAGGAGCAGAACCACAAAGGGUGUUCUCUGGGAGACACUGUUGCAUUGAGUGGGGAGAUGCCAGUGAGCGUCAGGGCAGGACAGAGAGGCUCUGGGAAGACCCUCCAGGCAGGAGUAAAUCCCCUCAUAGCAAAAGAAGUUUAGAGAAAUCCAAAGAGACCAGCACCCACCAGACAGCCUGCACGGGGGAGAGCCCAAACACAGGUGCUGAACCUGGGGAAAGUUUCAAUAAAUGCUCGCUCCUCGUUAAGCAUUGUCAGCAAACUUGUGCAGGAAAGGGUGCCUACAAGUGUAAUGAAUGUGGCCAAAGCUUUUCUCAACAACAGUGCCUUCAGAGACAUCUGAGAAGUCACACAGGGGAGAGACCCUAUAAAUGUAAUGAAUGUGGGAAAAGCUUCAGACACAAGACAAGCCUCGUUCUUCAUCGUUACACAGUCCACAAGUCGGAGAGACCCCAUAAGUGUCCAGUGUGCGGCCAGCAAUUUAUCCUGAGAAAGAGACUUAUUGAGCAUCAGAGAAUCCACAAGGAAGAGAUGCAUAGAGGGUUUAACAGUGGGAUUGUGAGAGAGAACAAGGAUGAGCAUCCCCAGCAGAAAAAGCCAGUGGGAGUGGAGCCUCAGGAGGCAUCUCAGAGAUGUGAACUGGCAGAUGCCGGUAAGAGUCGGGGAAGGAGAGGACAGCUGCGAGCUUACCUGGCAGGGGGAAAAGACUGUGAAUCUGCUGUAGGCGAAGGAAGUUCUAAGAAAUUGAACCGCACCAUCGCCUACCAGGGAACCAAGGUGGGAGCACAAGUGAACACACAGAGUAAAAGUAAGAGAAGCUUUAGCAGCAGCUCAGCCCUUGACCUGCAUCAGAAAACCCACCCGGAUGAGAAACGUUACAGCUGUGCCGAGUGUGGGAAAAGCUACCGCCAGAACUCUCACCUCCGAAGGCAUCAAAAAAGCCACACAGGAGAGAAACCUUAUGUGUGUGCUGACUGUGGGAGUAGCUUUGGACGGAAGUCAACACUCAGUAAACACCUACGGACGCACAAAGAGGAGAAACCCUAUAGCUGCGCUGACUGUGGGAGAAGCUUCAGAGAGAGCUCGUACCUUGUUCUGCAUAAGAGAAUCCACACAGGAGAGAAACCCUAUCAGUGUCCUGACUGUGACAAAUGCUUCAGGCGGAAAGGGGACCUUUCCACUCACUGUAAAACCCACACAGGGGACAAACCUCAUAAAUGCACUGAAUGCGGGCAAGGCUUCAGGCGGAAAUCAACUCUGACUAAGCACCUGAGGACCCAUACUGGGGAGCGACCCUAUAAAUGUCCUCACUGUGAGAAAAGCUUUCGUCAAAAGUUCUCCCUUUCCCAGCAUCAGUUAACGCACCAGGAAGGGUGGCCUCACAUGUGUACGGAAUGUGGGAAAGGCUUCAAUCACAAAUCAAACCUUGCUCAACACUUGGCAAAACUGCACUUGAAAAAGCAAAGCUGAAGAGGGGAACUGGUCUUUGAAUGGGUUUUGGGGAUGGUUAGUGGGAAUUUCAAGGCAGUGGAGUUCAACUUUGGAAGUUGAGCAGUGGCAUGCUAUCUAUGGACGCAACGCAUGGAUUGCAUUCCAGUGUGAGCCCUGAAUAUGACAUCCUGACUGGCUGUGCCAGUGGGACAAUUCCACCUGGCCCCUGAGCACACAGGGAGGAUGCCAUUUUGUCGCACAAAAUGGCAUCCUCCGCACAUUGUGAAGACACUGGUAUUUUAACAUGGCACUCUACAAAUGGAUUAAAACCUGGCGAACUGAGAUGUCUCAAUAUGUAACUUAAACAGGGAAUCCGCAUUGAGAAGGUGUGUUUCUAGUGUGAUCCUGCAGAGAUUGGUUCUUGAUCCUCUGCUAUGUAACACUUUUAUCAAUGACCUGGAAAAAAACACAAAAUGAUCACUGAUAAAGUCUGCAGAUGACACUCUAAUCCGAGGGGGUGGGGGAAAAUAAUGAAGAACAGGUCACUGAUUCACAGUGAACUGGAUCACUGCACUCCUCUAUGGAAUAGCUACGCAAAACAUUUCCCAAUUUACUCUUAAAAAACACAGUUGGGCAGAGUGCAGGGUAUGAAGUGGAAAACAGAAAAUGCCCCAAUUAAUUUAGUCGGUUAAGCCUUAGUGUGAUUUGUUAGCUUAUGAGCCAAAGUCCCCUAACAUUUUGCAUAGCUGCAAAGCCUAUAAAGGAUACGUGUGACCAAUUGCUAUACUUGCUGGUGAAAUAAGAAAUGGAGAGGUACUGAGACUGAUCUGUUUGCAGAUGAUUUAGCCAUUAUUUGCAAGUCCUAGAUGUUUUGCUGAGUAAGGGAUAUGGAGUGGUACUAACAGAACAAGGAAGUAACUAGGUUGUAAACAACUGGGGUAUGUGUGUCGGGAUAAGCAAAUUGGAACAGACACAGGUGUUGAGACUUAAAGAUGGGUCAGGAAAGAUUUUAUGGCUUGCCUGGAGGCAAGAUUCCCAUGACAGCUUUUUCUUAAUUGCAAAGUAUCUAGCAAGGAAUGGAAUUUUACAAUGCAGUAACCCAUGACAUAUUUUAUGUUGUACACUAUAUUUUUGCACUGUACUAAGUGCAACAUAUUCACAAGAUAUGUAAUGCAUAAAAAUGGCCAAAGAAGGCCAUAAACAAUGAAUAACCAGUAGGUUUUGAAACAGUU